GGUAAUUUCAAAUUUGAAAAGAAUAAGAAAUUAAAUCCGUCUUUAAAAUUCUUUACUUGUACGCACUAAUAUUGAGCAUGUCAUGUUCAUUUAUGUAUCUGCUUGAAGCUAUCCAAAUACUGAAGCAACAUUUCACGUAAAGCUGUGCCGGUGAUGUUUGCAUGUUUAACAUGGACAUUUACAGGCAAAUAUAAAGCAGACAAAUUCUUGAAGCGUUAAAAUCAAAUUUUUAUAUAGAAUAUAAAGUCAUUUCUACAUUUUUGUCUCGCUCAAGUAAAUUUCUAAUAAAAUGGCGCAUACGGAAUGCAGGAAAUAUGUCACGUGUCCCAUGUGCAAAGGUGCAGGCAAGUCUACUACACGUACAGCAACGAUGACAACGGAUUCCUUAUCUAUACAACAUGCACAAGAAAAUCCAACACAGAUUACGAAAACGCAGACUAUUGAGACAACGUACUCGAAGGCCUCGGGAGAUUUGCGUUUUCCCACAUUAUCCGAUAGCAAACAUCUAGCAAGAGAUGUCAAUCUUGCGAGCAAUUACGGCGAUUACGCACCUAUGCUGGAGAGCGAUUACGUAGGAACAUCAGAAGAAUUUAUGAAUCCACAAGAAACACUCAAGUUUGCCUUGCAAAGCUUAAAGCAAGAUCAAUGGCAGAGCGCCGUACCAGCUCUCAUAAAACUCGUGCAUAUCUCGAGAAUUCAACCAGAAUUGCUAGAUUCCAACAUGCCUCGCGUAUACCGAACAUUAUGCAGCUUAUUGAGGAAUACAAGACCGCACGUUGUGAGAACCGUUUGCCAGGUAGCGAUGGAGUUAUACAAGACGAUGCAGUGUACGCAGAGACCUGAGUUUGAUGAGCUUGCGUCUAUGCUGCUCUUAAAAAGCACUCACACGCACAAGGGUAUUCGGAGCGACGCUCAACGUGCCUUGGAUUCUAUGAUGAAACAUCUAUCUCCUGUAACUUGCAUUAGAAUAUUGACUAGUGAACAUGGAGCUGGCCACAAGAAUCCAUUAAUAAGAGCCACUGUUAGUCGGUUGCUCUACGGUAUCAUUAAUUUUAUCGGAGUGGAAUGUUUAAUGUCAAAUCCAAGUUUCAAAGAAACCCGCCAGAAGAUAUUCACAAUGUGCGCUAAAUUUCUUCUUGAUGGCAACAACGAAACAAGGAACGAUGCGAAGAAGUCACUGAAAGCAACGAUGGUUCAUCAGGAUUUUGAUACUUUAUUUUAUCAGGACGUAGACUGGAAGAUUAUCAACAGCAUAGAAAAGCAAUUGGUAUCUUUAAAAUAUAGUCAAACCCACAAUGUAUAAUAUUAUUCAUUAUCAUUAUGUAUUAAUAAUAUGAUAAUGUAAUAAAUAUUAUUCAUUGCUUACUUUGUGCAAUAGUUUAUCUUGAUGGUAAAAUCACGUGAUGUGUUUAUUAUAAUAUUAAAUUAAUUAUAAUAUUAUUGUCAACAAUGUAUACUUCAAAGUAUAUGUAUUGUUAUAAAAUUGAUAAUAUUAAGCAAUGAAUAGUGAAAUUUUAAUAAUAAAACUGAAUUUUUAAUUCAA